AUGGAAAUCGUCAAGAAGGCCCAGCAGCAUCUUCAUGGCCACUGGGUCAAGCAGGCCACUUUACCCAUUAUGGCCCUCACCACCAUUUACCAAGAAUACACAACAUUCAUUUUCAGCCUCUCAUCUGACAACGGGGUCUCAAGUCUGACUGCCACCAUGAAGUAUUUGUACCUGGCUGUGCUGCUGUGUUGCCUCCUGCCACUGUCAAAUGCCCAUUGCUUCGUCACGGAAAUUAAACCAGGCGCGACACAUUGUCAGGACUCUGACGAUCAAACGUGGCAUGAAGUAGGAUCUAAAUGGAGGAAUAGCGAAUGUAUGGACUGCAAUUGUGGAGGAUGCUGUUCUGCGUAUAUGACCCCUAGAAAAUUCCCCGCUGACUGUGUGUCAGUGUUCGACUCAGUGGCAUGUGUAUACAGAGUGCACAAGAGGGAUGACCCAACAGUACAAUGUCCAAUUUAUGUUGAAGUUGGCAAGUGAUGCAGUCAUCGGAUCAGGUGGCAUCAGGGGCUGAAGUAUUUUUUUUUUCUGUUGUUGUUGUUGUUGGGUUGAGGGGUGUUUGGUUGGUCUGACCACACAGCUAAGGAGGAAGCAUGGCUGCCGGAAAUAGAAAAUAAAAUGCAUCUACAAAUAAAAUUUCAAAUGAAUAAAUAAACUAUUAAUUUCCACCUCA